AUGGCCAGAAAGAAAGCCCUCAUAACCUCCCUCUGCGAUCUGGAGAUCCCCAAUACGAUAGCCUUCUCCCCAAAUGCACAGCAAGUCUUGUACUCUACGAAUCUCACCUGGAUGCAUCGACAGGGAAAGCUUCCGGUAUCCACGCUUUGGCUCGCCGAGACUGGCAAAGCCAAGUCUGCCCGUCAGAUUACCUCUGGCCUUAGCAAAGACCACAUCCCUCGAUGGAAUCCAGACGGAAGGAGUAUAGCUUUCGUUUCGGAUCGAGCAAGGGCUGGCGAAAGAUGGGCUAUAUACGCACUCAAUAUACGCCAGUCGGUCGUAGAAGGGGAGGCCUUCCCGUUGACCGACAUCGAGAACGAACGCCCCAUUUCGCAGUUUGAGUUUUCUUCCGAUGGCACGACUAUUGCCUAUCUAUCGGCCGACGAGAAGACAAAGGAGCAGAAAGACCGAGAGGAGGAAGGCGACGACGUCCAAGUCUGGGGCGAAGAUCUGGCUUACGUCCGACUGCGUACAGUCAAUGUCCAGACGAAGCAAGUCAGCCGCGCGGGUGUCGAGCAUCAACGCCAUGUGACCGGUUUCUCCUGGAGCCCGGAUGGCAAAAGGAUUGCAUUUACUGACACGACUUCGCCGAACAUUGAAGAGCCAUACUUGAGAGGAUCCAGAAUUGCGGUGCUCACAGUCAAAGACCAGACAGUGAAGGACAUCUGCACUAUCCCUAACGCAGUGACCGACUUGACCUGGGCGGCCGAUGGACAGCUAUACUUCAUCUCCGGGACACCGAUCGACAAGGUCUGCGCAGGUGCGACUGUGUAUGCAGUGUCACCAGACUCUGGCGUUGAGGGCGAUGUUGAAGCCAACGACAAGCCAUGGACGAGAGUUGCAUUUGGAUAUGAUGAUACUGCGGUUGGGCUGCUGAAUGUCGGCGGCAAAGUGCUGGUCAAGUCGCAGAAGGGAAUGGAGGAUCAACUCUGCCUCCUUUCGAACGAAUCACUCCUUACGAACGUGGUUGUAAUCUAUUCGAAAGCAGAAGAAUUGCAAGCAUUCGGCGCGAUCUUUCCCCCUGGUAACAACGAAAUAUUGCUUGCGACGGCCAGCUCGAGCGUCAAUCAACCUGUCGAAGUCUACUCGACCACUACUUCAUCAGGACACUCGAUUCAGCUCUCCUCACAUGGAGCAGCCUUCCAAGGUCAGACGUUCGGCUCCAGCGAGUUCAUCUCGUGCAGGUCAGCGGACGACGAGGUGGAUCUCGACGGCGUCUUCCUCAGGCCUGAUCCGGCGCCGGCGGGCUUUGAGGGCCAUGCGCCAACGCUUGUCCUGAUACACGGCGGUCCAACAUCCCGCAAUACGAACGCCUUCAACACUCUCUACUAUUUCUGGACGCCCUACCUCCUGCGACUUGGAUACUCAAUCCUGCUCCCGAACUAUCGUGGUAGCACGGGUCGAGGCGAAGCCUUCGCGGGCUGGAGCCUCCGCGGCGUAGGCAAAGUGGACUACGAAGAUGUCAUCGCACUCACAGACCACGCCAUCAACACUCGCAACGGCUCGCUACAGCCGUGGAAAUUCCGCGCUUCCAUCCCGCUGGCAGGGAUCACGGAAACAGACACCAUGGCAUUGACCUCAGACUUGGGCGCAUCUUUGGAGACGGAACUAAAUGGUGGAAACGCAGUCUGGAACUGUCAGAAAGACGACACUCGCAAUCGGCAAGCCUCAGCCUUGUGGGAGGUGCAGGCCGCCGUCGAUCGCAGCACGAAGACAGGAGCAAUGGUCAUCCCUCCGAUACUGAUUCUGCACGGCGAGAAAGAUGAGCGCUGUCCCAUUACGCAGGCUUGGGGAAUGAGGAGGGCGCUGGAAGCUCACGGCUUGGAGCAUCAAUUCGUAACGUACCCGCGGCAAGCACACAUCUUCAGUGAGCGCAAGUUCUGGAUUGAUCUUGCGCUGAGAAUUGGUGACUGGACGGAGAAGUAUAUCGGGCCUGGUGUAUCGGUCGAUGGUCCUGGUAUAGUACUCCUAAGUCAUCUGUCAAUCUACAUGCACGGCUAUCAAAAGGUGUCUUGCCACUUACCCGCACGCCAACUAUGGCUGAUCGUCAAUCGGACAUGCACGUAG